GUUUAUUACGACAGGCACGCAAAAAGUAAUAGACUCAUGUUCACUGAUAACAGCGACAACCAACCUAAUCUGUGACAGCUGAUUGAUACUUAAGAUAUGAAGAAUGCCAAGAUGUCGACCUGGGCAAUUAAUAUACUCGACGUAAAGGGAAAAGUUUUAAUUUCAAGAAAACGUGCGAAGGAGGGUAAUUUAACGCCAAUAAUACAAAAUCAAGAUGAUAAUAAUAAUAAUAUAAAAUUGAAAGCGAAACCAAAAGUUGAAAAUGAUCAAAAAUCGCAAAAUAAGACGGAAAAUCGAGUGGAUAAAAAAUUGGAAUCCGAAUUAUGCAAUAAUAAACGUCUUUAUGUCACCUUAACGGAUAUUAUGAAAAUGAAAAAUAAUUCGAAGGAGAAAAGUGGCACCGAUUGCCCAUCACUUGAAAAAUUUCUCUCUGAUAAUUUAAGAAAGGCACAUUCAUCUUUAAGAUCGGUUCGAUUAAAAAAAUCAUCGCUAAGAACAAAAUUGAAAAAUCGUCAAGAAAUCUCAGUCACUAGGAAUAAUUUGUUAACAAAAAAUUUUUCGUUGAUGAAAGAAGAUUCUUCAAUUUUGCCGAAAAAUUCUCCAAAAUCGGGUAAAGCUUCUUCAUCAUUGUCUGAUAAUUACAAUGGUGGUGUUGAUGCAAAAAAUUAUGACGCUAAAGUUGCUUAUACUGAUGAUGACAUCAAAAAACUAGUAAAUAAAGCAAAAAUAUCUGAAGCAAAAAAGUUGAUAUGUCCAAAAUGUUCAAAACAAAUAAAAGGACGAACAGGAUUACAACGACAUUUGUACACACAUGGCAAGAAGAGGUACAUUUGUUCAAUUUGCAAUAAACGUUUAUCAUCUAAAUAUUAUUUACGACUUCAUGAAGAGAAGCACAGAAUUAAAGAUCGACCAUUCAAGUGUAAUAAAUGCGAAAAGUGUUACAUUACAAACGCUGAAUUAAAAAAGCACUUAGGAUCACACACUGUUGAACGUAAAUUUGUUUGUUACACUUGCAAGCAUACAUUUAGAACAAAAAGUGAUAUUAGUUCACAUAUGACAGUACAUCAUCCAAUUAAGGUGGCAUGCAAGAUAUGUAGUAAAGUAAUGAAUAGUAAACAUUCACUUUAUUAUCAUAUGAAAACACAUGAAAUAAGUGCAUACAAAUGUACCAUUCUGGGUUGUGGUCGAACUUUUAUGCUAAAACAAGCACUAGAACAUCAUCUUAUAACACAUCAGAAUCUCAAGGAGCACAAGUGUCCAUAUUGCGAGAAACGUUUUAAUUUCACGAAAAGUAGAGAUCAACAUGUUGCACUUAUACACACGAAGGAGGGACUGCAUAUUUGUCAAUAUUGUGAUAAGGAAUUUCCAUUAAAAUCAUUAUUGGCAACGCACUUGAGGAGACACACUGGUGACCGUCCAUUUAUUUGUCAGAUUUGCAAUAAAGGUUUCAUCAGCAUUACAUACUUAAAUUAUCACAUGAAAUUGCAUGAGGAAAAAUUCACCUGUAACGAGUGCAAUGGAAAGUUUAUAAACAAAUUUGCAUUAAGGGGUCACUUGAAAAUACACUUUCCACCUGUGAAAAAUGUGUGUUCGUAUUGUAAAAAGAGUUUUAAGAAACCAUCAGCUCUUGCUCAUCACAUGCGAGUGCACACUAACGAAAGGCCAUAUCAAUGUUAUCUUUGCGACAAAACAUACAAAGGCAAAACUGAUCUCAAAACUCAUAUGUUUAUUCACACCGAUAACUUUCCUUUCAAAUGCCACCUGUGCCCAAAAGGGUACUCUAAAAGAAGAUCUUUAAAAGAUCAUAUUAACACGCACACCGCUAAGAAACCAUUUGCCUGUGUCAUUUGUAAUUUUACAUUUCGAUAUUUGUCGUCAUGCAAAAAUCAUUAUCUGAGGCAUAAAAUUAAUGUCAGAAAAUGUGAAAUUUGUGAAUUAUAUUUUCGAUCGAAUGCCACAUUUAAGAGGCAUUUAAAAAUGCACAAGAGAUUACGGGGAAAAUUUAAUUGCACCACUUGUGAAAAGAGCUUUAGAUUACAAAAAAAACUUAUUGCACAUUCUCAGCAACUGCUCGAAACAAUGGGGAAAUGUCCGAAAAAAUGAAUUCUAUUUUUUUGUCUCCUAUACAGCAUCAAGAUUUUUUCUUCAUUUACUUUUUCUCCUCUCAAACUAUUUGCAACUUAUUUUUCAGUUUAAAAAAAACUUUAAAAUUCCUCCAAAGUGAAAAAACCGGUUCUUUUCCUUUAUUACACAAGAAAAUAGUGUCAUUUUAUGUACCGACUGAUGGUAAAUUUUUAUUUAGUUGACAAGAACAUUAUGAAACAAAAAGAUUUAUUUUUUAAUAGAUUAUGAUUUAUUUUUUAGUUACUGAAACAUCGAUUAUUUAUUUUAUAUUAGAA